AUGAUCCGUGGGGGGGCGGAGUACGCUCUGGGCAUCUACAUCACCGGAGUGGACCAGGGCUCAGCUGCAGAGUGCGGAGGCCUCAAGAUGUCUGCAGUCAGCCACAGUUCCCCUGGAAGUGCCACUGAGGCCCUUAGAGCUCAAUGUGGUCCCUCUGCAGACACCGCACACGGGACCGACCCAAUGUUCCUGCUACAAAUCUCGUUUGAGCACAGAAACCAAAAGCUUAUCGUUUACAACCAUCUACUUCACCGUAACGUCCUCCUUCCUGCCUGCCCGCGCCUGCUAGUACGAGCCGUACGAGCAGUGAACGACUCACUGUGGUUCUGGAUCAGCCCCUUCCCGCUCCCCUUCGAGUCGUUCAGCUCUGAACGAAUCGUUCAUCUGAUCUGA